CCCUAGAUCUGACCCAACCCGCCCUAGUUUCAGUCCUCGUAGGCUUCUGAUUUCCCCGCCGUGGGCCAAGCCAAGAGCCAAACCUCUUCCCUGAUCGCCGUCUUCCAAACACCUCUCUCUCUCUCUUUCUCUCUCUGGUUGUGCGUGACUCGGCGGAGGGAGACGUCCGGCGAGCGACCGCGGAGGAGAGAAAAGAACGGAGGAUGACGGUGUUCCACUUCUUCAACUGCGCCAUGCUCACCUUCGGCCCUCACGCCGUCUACUACUCCGCCACUCCUCUAUCAGAGUACGAUACUAUUGGAACUUCUGCCAAAGCUGCUGCUGUUUAUCUUGGAACAGCAUUAGUGAAGCUUGUUUGCCUUGCAACCUUUCUAAAAGAAUCUGAGAAUGACAAUUUUGAUCCAUAUCAGGAACUUCUGAAAGUACUGAUCAAUUUUAUAGAUGUUGCUGGACUUUAUUUUGCAUUGACACAGUUGACUCACAGAAACAUCUCUCAAAAUCAUAAAUUUCAGGCUGUUGGACUAGGUUGGGCUUUUGCGGAUUCUGUUUUGCACCGAUUGGCACCUCUUUGGGUUGGAGCUAGAGGAUUGGAAUUUACAUGGGAAUACAUAUUUCAAGGCUUUGAAGCAAAUGCUAAUUUGGUAUUAAAUUUGUCCCUUGCUGCACUAGGAUCCUUGAUGUGGCUAAGGAAGAACAAACCCAGGACUUUGAUUCCAAUCAUUUAUGCAUGUGCUGGGGUUCUUGCAACAAUGCCAUCUAUCACUAGCUAUUUGAGAAGAGCUUUGGGAUGGCAGCCUGCAAAGGUGGUGAGCUUUGAAUUGUUCUCCUCGUUGAUGAUGGCUUUCAUCAGUUGGCAGCUUUUUUCUGCUUGUCAAAGAUCAGCCUAACUACUGGAGAUUGCCCCCAGUUAGUUAUUUGGUCAGGGAGAGGUUAUCCACUACCUUUGAUUCUGUUUACCCAAAAAAACAAAGCACAGAUGUAAGAAAAUUCGCUCGACAUGCUUGCAGUAUUUUGGCCUGCUUUCCGAUUUCGGCAUGUCAUUUUGAUGUUGAUGUAAUUCUCUGCUUAAGCUGGAUGCAGUAUGGAGCAAUCUCGGCCUCUUGUACUCAUGGAGACAUUGUAGUGUAAUUCAAGAGCUGCUUUUGCUUAUAUGUUUUUAGCUAUGCUGACUGAGUUGAGUAAAAUUGUUCAGGUAUUAAAACAGCAUUGUAAUUGAUUGCCUGCUAGUUAUAAAGGUUCAUUUGACUACGUGGUUUUA